AUGCGCACCUCCACGCUGCACGGUCAGACAAUUUCCGAGUAUCCACGGGGGCCGCAUAUCCCGCCUGCAGAUGCCACUGCCACCGCGGCGGCCAUGCGCCUCGCUGCUGCGCGUCUUUCCGUAGCCCCCCUGGCCCUGCCGUCGCCCGAGCACGAGCUCACGGAUCCCAUGCGCGGCUUUACUGCGACCAUCCCGGGCUCGCAUCCGCACGAACUGUUCCCGCGUGUGGACACCCCGCUACUGUCCCCGAACACGAUCCGGAAGACGCGCCUGAGCAGCUUUUGGCAAGGCACACAGGAUGUUGAGGACGCUCCGGCGCACCCAGGGACGUCGCUGGCCACCAUUCAAGCGAGCCCGCCCGACUCGAUCGCAGGGGGUGAGGCACAGGAAGCACAGGAGGGUGCUCUCGCCGGUGACCGCGCUGGUCAGACGAGCGUGGGCAUUGAGAUGUCGCGGGCGCGCAAAUGCGGACUGAGGUCCGACAAGGUGGAGUACGAGGGCGGUACAGCGGUCGUGGUGCGCAGGAAGAAGUCGAAGGCAAUCGAGUCCGCGCGCGCGGGAUGGGUGAAGAGCUCGAGGGCAGCAGUCCGCUCGAGCGAGCAGUCGCCGACUUCGCCCUCGUCAAUGCACGCCACCGCCACCCUUACGUGGCCACUGUCCCCCUCUGGCGAAACCGACCCGCGCGAACGGGCCUGCCGGCGUGCAGCUUGUCGUUCGCCGCGCCAGACGUCUUCGUUCGCCUCGACGGUUCGACCACACGCUUAUGUGCUCUCCCCCGCGCGAUUCGCGCAUCUGGCGGCGAUUGGCGUCGUGGAACCCCGCGCGAAGGCACCACGCAUGCAUAGUAUAUCUUUUGCGAGCUCCGAAUGGGUGCUCAACUCACGUGCUCGCGGCCUUCAGUGGUACACUCGAUAG